UCAGUAUUCCAGAGUCUCAAGAUUUUAUUUUUCUUUCUUUCUUUCACUUUCGAUGAUUAUAUAUUGGGUUCUUGUCGUAUUUCCAAAAGUAUAAUUAUUCUGUAAAGGGACAGGAUUAUGGUCCUUGAACUCUUUCCUCAUCAAUAUCAAAUUGCAGAGGAAUCCCUCAAAAUUCGACCGAGUCACUCAAAGCAUGGAAUCAUCAGCACCACCAAGAAAGCUUCACCUAGUAUUCGUUCCAUACCCAUCCCAAGGCCAUAUCACCCCCAUGAUGCAACUCGCCAAGCUCCUCCACUCUAGAGGCUUCCAUAUAACCUUCGUCCACACUGACUUUAACUAUCGACGCUUGCUCCGAUCUAGAGGAGCCUCCGCCGUGAUGGGCCUCCCAGGCUUUCAAUUUGAGGCCAUCUCCGACGGCCUACCACCGUCUGAUGCCGACGCCACCCAGGACAUCCCGGCGCUGUGCGAGUCGACGAGGAAGAACUGCUUGGCUCCAUUUAGAGAGCUUUUACUUCGGCUUGCAUCGACAGACCGAGUUCCGGCGGUUACCGGCAUAGUAUCGGAUGGAACAAUGACCUUCGCCAUGGAGGCUGCAAAGGAAAUAGGGGUCGCAGAGCUUCAGUUAUGGACUGCUUCCGCUUGUUCUUUCAUGGGUUAUCUCCAUUACCGUGAACUCGUCAGUAGAGGAAUUUUUCCAUUUAAAGAUGCAAACUUCAUGACCGACGGGACUCUUGAUACUCCUAUCGACUGGAUACCAGGCAUGAGAAACAUAAGGCUCAAGGACCUGCCAAGCCACAUUAGAACCACAGAUCCCAACUACAUCAUGUUCGAUUUCAUGGGCGAGGAAGCCCAUAAUUGCCUGAAAGCUUCAGCCAUCAUCUUCAACACUUUUUUUGCGUUGGAACAUGAAGUUUUAGAGGCCAUUGCAGCCAAGUUCCCUCACAUUUACACCAUCGGACCACUUCCUAUGCUAUGCGAGCAAAUGAUGGAUAACAAAGAUGAUUCACUCAAUCCAAGUUUAUGGAAGGAGGAUUCAAAAUGCAUUGAAUGGCUAGACCAAAGAGACCCCAACUCAGUUGUAUACGUGAACUAUGGAAGUGUGACAGUGAUGAGUGGGAAGAACUUGAGGGAAUUUGCAUGGGGGCUUGCCAAAAGCAACCACCCAUUUUUGUGGGUUAUACGGCCCGAUAUUGUGAUGGGUGGUGAUGAUAAAUCAACUGCAUUGCCCGAAGAAUUUUUCGAAGAAAUUAAGGGAAGGGGAUUGCUAGUGAGUUGGUGCAGCCAAGUGCAGGUGCUUCGCCAUGCUUCUGUUGGUGUCUUUCUGACUCAUUGUGGAUGGAAUUCAACGUUGGAAUCCAUCAGUGAAGGUAUUCCAGUCAUCUGCUGGCCUUUUUUCGCUGAUCAACAGACGAAUUGUCGAUAUGCUUGUGCUCAUUGGGGGAUCGGAAUGGAGGUUGAUAAUGAGGUGAAGUGCGAAGAGGUUGCGAGCACUGUUAAGGAGAUGAUGGAAGGAGAUGGAGGGAAGAAGAUGAGGAGCAAGGCCAAGGAAUGGAAGGAGAAAGCAGAAGAGGCCAUUGGCAUUGGGGGAUCAUCUUACAAUAAUUUUGACAAGUUGAUGAAGGAGCUAGUUUUAUAGACUAAUUAAUUAAGAUCACAAUUUGUUUCCUCUGUACAAUAGUUUUAUUGAUCUAUAUAUAGGUGAAUUUUAAUGCCUCCUCCUAGUAGCGUUUUGGGGGGGGUGGGGGGGGGGGGGGGGGGGGUGGGGGGGGCACCUUAUUUAAAAGUAGAAUGAGCUCAAAAGAGUUGGGGAAUUGUGGAACUUUAACAUAUUUUAUCUAAACUUCUUGGUUGGAACAAUCACUUUCAGAAGGCAUUACGUCAUGGGAAUUUUAGAGCUUAUUUGGUUGGGUGCUUAGACAUCUUUAAUUACUUAGAAUAUUAUUGCAUGUAUUAGUUUUAGAAAGAAAGAAUCAUCACUAAUUAACCAGGAGACCAUCCUUGAACAGAGUUGAAUUAGGCAAAUACAAGUGAAUAUUAUGAAUUGUUGUAUAGCUGGAAACUCAUUGUAAAAAAAAAAAAAAAAAAAAAACAUUUAA